CCUCUAUUCAUCCUUCUACUCAUCGUCAUAAUGACUAUCGUCGUCAUCGUUAUAGGCAUACGGACGAUGUCUAGGAUACGUACCCAGCCUUGCUUGAUCUUUGAGCGGCCUGACGUAAGUGCAAAGCGAAAGUCGGCUGGCCUUGCUCCAUUUCCCCACCCAACCACCGCUUUGGCAUGGUUUUGGCUUAACAACAUACUAGUGCAAACUCAUGAUGCGCAAUUCAGGCCAUAUGAUGGCCUUUCAGAUGUGGAUGUGAAUUCUUGA